AUGGAGGCCGCCACGGGAAAGGACAUCGAGAAGCCCGUCGCUGAAAGCGCGACCGUGCAUCGCAUCCGUAUCACCCUGACCUCGCGCAACGUUCGCAGCCUGGAGAAGGUGUGUGCCGAUCUGAUUGCCGGAGCCAAGAAGCAGAAGCUGCGUGUCAAGGGUCCAGUGCGUAUGCCGACCAAGAUCCUCCGUAUCACCACCCGUAAGACGCCUUGCGGUGAGGGUUCGAAGACUUGGGAUCGUUUCCAGAUGCGCAUCCACAAGCGUAUCAUCGAUCUGCACUCGCCAUCGGAAAUCGUCAAGCAAAUCACUUCGAUCAACAUCGAACCCGGUGUAGAGGUUGAGGUGACCAUUGCUGACCCUUAAACGACCCAGCAGACAACUGAGGGCAAAUCGUAUGUUGGUUGUGAUGGAUUGUGGAAAAAAUCUUUUCCGACAUCAUCGCGACAGCUUACGAUUAUCUCUGUCCGCCGUUUUCAUGCAUUACUUUGCAUGUACUAGGCACAAGGCCUUCGAACGUGGGGUGCUAGGUUGAUACAUUUCUUCUGGACUGUAGCAGAGCUUGAUCCCUCUGACAUGCCCCGAAGAUGUUAAUCAACUGUAUCCCGCUUCGUGAAACAAUAAAAAAAACUGUAAAAAGUACA